CCGACCUCCACGACCACAAACACGCACACGCACUUCCUAUCGACCCCUCUCCUGACGACGUAGACGACGACGAGCAAGCAUGGGCCGUUCAUUUGAGGAGCCCGAUCCGUUAUCAGCCGCGCUGCGGCCUCCGCCAGACGAGACACCGGCCGAGCGAGCGCGCCGAGAACAGGAGGAAGCGGAGGCGAAGCGGGUGAGCGACGAAAUCGACGCCGAAAUCGAUAGGGAGAAGACGGCGCUCAAGAAGAAGAGGAAACCGGUGAAGGUUUUGCUUCUAGGGCAGAGCGAGAGUGGCAAGUCCACGACAUUGAAGAACUUCCAGCUCACGUACGCGGCAAAGGCGUGGGCUGAGGAGCGCAAUUCAUGGCGGGACGUGAUUCGCCUCAACCUCGUUCGCACCGUGAACAAUUUGCUGGACCUCAUGUCGCAAGAGAUGUCCGGGGCUCCGCCGCAGCCCACCCGAUUCGACGACGACGCCGCCUCCGUUUACUCGCUCGAGGGAUCGCCUUUGCCGUGGACGGAGAAGCACCGCCUGCUCAAACUGCGGCUUGGCCCACUGCGCAGCGUCCAGCGGGAACUCGAAACCCGGCUCGGCGCAGCCUCACAGGAUCUCGACGAUAAUGCGCCGUACAGCAACCAAGUGCUCGCGUUCGACCCGAAUGCCGAUACCGUCGCACCGCUGACACCGCGGGUGUAUAACGCCAAGAGCCCCGGCGAAUUCUUCAUUCGCUCCAACAACGGGUGGAAGACCGCGCUCGACAAGCUGCUCCCGGCCGGCAUGAAAGGCCGGGAGUCCCCCACCUCGCAGAACGACGAGUUCGCGGACGUCAUUGCCGGGUGCGCGACGGACAUCGCCGCAGUAUGGCACGACGAGGUCGUGCGUGACAUGUUGAAGCGACGCAAGAUCCGCUUGGAGGACCAACCUGGCUUCUUCUUGGAGGACGUUCACCGCAUUGCCGUCAGGGGCUACACCCCAACCGACAGUGACGUCGUGCGCGCGCGUUUGCGUACUGUAGGCGUCCAAGAACAUCGCUUCGUCUUUGAGCAAGGGCGGGCUUCGGGCACCGAAUGGAUCCUCUACGACGUCGGCGGUCACAGAUCAUCGCGCGCGGCCUGGUAUCCGUACUUUGACGACGUAGACGCUAUUAUUUUCCUGGCGCCUAUCUCUCCGUUCGACGAGAAGCUCGCGGAGGACCGCAGAGUGAAUCGACUGGAGGAUAGUUUUUUGCUGUGGAGGCAGAUUUCGUCCUCCAAGUUGCUGGCCAAGACACAGAUCAUCCUCUUCUUGAACAAAUGUGACUUGCUUGAGAGAAAACUCAAGGCAGGCGUGAGGGUCAAGGACCAUGUCCCAAGUUUCGGGGAUCGGCCGAAUGACGUUACCACUGUUGCAAAAUAUUUUCAGCAUCACUUCAAGGAAAUUGCCAAGGCCAGCAAUCCAAUCUCGCGCCCGUUCUACGUCCACCUUACCUCCGUGAUCGACACAAAAGGUACCGCUGCGACGCUAGCGGUCGUGGAAGAGGGUAUUUUACGCGAUCACCUCCAGAAGGCGAAUUUGCUUUGAGGAAAGCUGUGGAAUCUCUGCGUUGCGCGCACCCGCUACCGCUGCCUCCCUAGCGGGUCUCCGCUUCUGAGGCCGACCUGCUUCACUCGUUAUGAUCUGCGCACGGAUUGUGCCCGGUAUCCACGCACACACGACCUUAUUCUCCCUCUUUUCAUAUCUCCGCUCUUCCGCGUGUCACAUAAUCUUAUCGCCUUCCGUUUCUCUCGCUUAUUCUGGACAUCUGGCAGGUCGCAGUGCGACCACAGUUUCUUUCCGAUUGUAAGGUUUCGUUAGCCUCCUACCAUUCCUGUACGUCAUGUUGUGUAAUAAUAUAGUGAUAUUGCC